GUUGUGGUGUAUUUGUAGUGUCGAGUUUAAAGUCUUGAAUGAUGAACAACAAGGAUGAUGCCAAGUAUGAGGCUGUUACUGGGGUCAUUUGGGACAUCAAGAGGUGUCCGGUUCCCACUGGCUUUGAUGCUCGUCGGGUCGGUCCGUGUAUCAGACGGUUAUUGGAGAAUUUAGGCUACACUGGUCCUCUCACCAUCACUGCCGUUGGCAUUCUAACAGACGUCUCUGAUGACUUUCUGCGAGCCAUCACUUCCACUGGAGUCACUCUUGAUCACGUCCCCUACGAUUACAAGAGCAUUGUGACAGUUAUAUAUAACUGGACCGAUAGCAAUCCACCUCCAGCCAAUUUAAUGGUCAUAUCCACAGCCUUCGAUAGAACUGUCGGUGAGCUAUCCUUGGAGGGAUACAACAUUCUUCGGCCGUUUGGAUAUGAUCCUCUUGCCUUCCCCUCUACUAAUGCAGAAAUCCUCUGGAGUAACUUUCUCCUCGCAGAUACAGAGGCACUUGGGGAGGAUAAGUGCAGUGGAAAGAGUGAAUCUGUCCCCUGGGUUUGCUCAGUAUGCGAAGAUGUUGAUGGCCAAGGCUAUGAUGAAUUCAAAAGCCAUCUCUCUAGUCGAAAACAUGAACUUAAGGUGUUCAACUGGUUCCCUGAGAAGCAACAGCAUUCAGCACCAAGUGAGUCUCAUGAUGAGGAAGACCAGGAGGAGGCUGUUGAAGCGGGAGUUGAGUCUCCCCUUGAUUCUCAUCCGAAGAAUUCUACUACCAUGUUGAGGAAGCAACCAAAGAAUAAGCGCAAGAAACGUAGUUACUGAAGAAGAAGAAGAAGAAGAGUACAUGGCCCAUGGUGUUGUUCUACUUCUAGCGGCAAACUCUUAUAUAAUAAAUCUUACAAGAAAAU